GUUAACGGUUUUGUUCGGUACGUCUUCGAAUUUUGUCAUAUCCCGCAUAUAUAUAUGAGCAUAUGGGUGUGUAUGUAUAUAAAGGCUCACCCUUUUUGCGCUCAGACAGUUUUUGAGAAGGAACUGAAGUUGGUCCUUUCAUUUCCAAUCCCAAAUCCAUUCCUCAUCUCUUUCUUCCGAGACGCAGCACACACAGACAUACAUACACAAACACACAGUUACACACGUAUAUCAUCUACGAGACCUUUCCCCUUCUGAAUUUGUCUUCUGUCCCAUGGAGGGUCAUGGCGAGGAGGGAUUGUCUUCUGCUCGUUGUUACCAAGACGCAUUGGAUGCAUUGUCGUCCCUAAUCUCAAAACGCAGCCGCGCUGACAAGAACAACCAAUUUGACCGGUUCGAUUUCCUCUGCAAUUAUCUCAAGAUAUUAGAGCUUGAAGACGCAAUCUCAGAGAUGAAAAUCAUCCAUGUUGCUGGGACUAAAGGAAAGGGUUCUACCUGCAUCUUCACAGAAUCUAUUCUUCGAAACUGCGGUUAUCAAACGGGGCUAUUCACUUCUCCUCACCUCAUUGAUGUUCGAGAAAGAUUCCGUCUUAACGGAACCGAGAUAAGCCAGGAGAAAUUUCUUGACUACUUCUGGUGGUGCUACCUUAAAAUCAAGGAGAAAACUGGCGACGAGAUUCCGAUGCCUUCUUAUUUCCAUUUUAUGGCAUUACUCGCUUUCAAGAUUUUCUCGGCGGAAGAGCUUGUCCUAUGUCGUUACGGUUCCAUGCAGGUAGAUGUUGUGAUACUUGAGGUCGGGUUAGGCGGGAGAUUUGACGCGACUAACAUUGUCCGGAAACCUGUUGUAUGUGGUGUUACUUCUCUUGGGUAUGAUCACAUGGAGAUUCUUGGAAACUCGCUCGCUGAAAUCGCUGCAGAGAAAGCUGGCAUUUUUAAGCCCGGAGUUCCAGCCUUUACAGUGUCUCAACCCGAUGAAGCCAUGCGUGCGCUCGAAGAGAAAGCUUCGGAAUUGAAUGUACAUCUUCAAGUUGUAAAACCGUUGGAUACGAGCUUAUUGAAUGGCCAGACGCUAGGGCUUGAAGGGGAACACCAAUAUAUAAAUGCCGGUCUUGCUGUUUCACUAUGCUCAACAUGGCUUACGAAAACUGGUAAUGAUCUCGUCUGGGAGAAGAUUCGCUUAAAUCAGACGGAUUCACUGCCCGAACAGUUCAUCUCCGGGUUGAAGACAGCUUGUUUCAGUGGUCGGGCUCAGAUCGUGCGUGAUGCAGAAAACCCAGAAAACGUGGUGUUUUUCUUGGAUGGAGCUCAUAGUCCUGAAAGCAUGGAGGCUUGUGCUACGUGGUUUUCUCGUGCUGUGGAGAAAGAGACCUCGAAACAUCGUAACAAUGGUGGUUCUUCAGUAUCCUCCAUUGUCAGACAGAACCAAGAGAUGACACUGCAACGGUCUGAACAGAUACUGUUGUUCAACUGUAUGUCUGUACGCGAUCCGGAGCUGCUUCUUCCACGGCUAAGAAGCACGUGCACUAAUCACGGAAUUCAUUUCAGCAAAGCUUUGUUCGUGCCAAACAUGUCAGUGUACAACCAGGUCGGACCAUCUCCAAACGAUACACAUCCCGAUUUAACAUGGCAGUUCACUCUUCAGAGAGUCUGGGAAAGCCUGGCUCGAGGAGAUUCCAAAGGCAGAGACUGCGUUUUGAAAGAACGUAAGGACGAGACGGGGACAAGAUUCAGAAACCGCGGAAACAGCACCGUCUUCUCAUCGAUCCCGUCGGCUGUCAAAUGGAUCCGGGACAGAGCUCAACGGAGCAGAACUGUUCAAUUUCAGGUUAAAGAUUUUGCUGUUCCGAGUUUUAAGUGUUCAGACAAAUGCCCAUUACAGGAUCUUGUUUGAUGUUUCUCGUACUCUGAUUUUGUGUUUUGAUGAGGUUUCAGGUUCUGGUGACGGGUUCACUGCACUUGGUGGGCGAUCUCUUGAGAAUGAUCAAGAAAUAAAAGUUGGAUUUCAUUACAUUUUUUUUUCUUCUUCCACCAAGGUAGGAUCUUCCACUUCAAACCACCCAUUAAUGUUUUUUUAAAUCCAUUUCUUCCA